CCGCCGCCGUCCCCGGAGCCCGGGGUGGUGCGAGGAGGGGGAAGCCGCCCGCGACAGCAGGAUGAAACGAGGAGGAAGCAAUAGUGACCAUAAUUCAUCAGAAGAAGAUAUUGCAGAGAAAUCCAAGAAACUGAGGAAUACAAAUGAACAUUCUCAGACUUGUGAUUGGGGUAAUCUCCUUCAGGACAUUGUUCUCCAAGUAUUUAAGUAUUUGCCUCUCCUUGAUCGGGCUCAUGCUUCACAAGUUUGCCGCAACUGGAACCAGGUAUUUCACAUGCCUGACUUAUGGAGAUGUUUUGAAUUUGAACUGCAUCAGCCAGCUACAUCUUAUUUGAAAGCUACACAUCCAGAGCUGAUCAAACAGAUCAUUAAAAGACAUUCAAACCAUCUGCAAUAUGUCAGCUUCAAGGUGGACAGCAGCAAAGAAUCAGCUGAAGCAGUUUGUGAUAUAUUAUCACAACUUGUGAACUGCUCUUUAAAAACACUUGGACUUAUUUCAACUGCUCGGCCAAGUUUUAUGGAUUUACCAAAGUCUCACUUUAUCUCUGCACUGACAGUUGUGUUUGUAAACUCCAAAUCCUUAUCCUCGCUUAAGAUAGAUGAUACCCCAGUAGAUGAUCCAUCCCUCAAAGUACUGGUGGCCAACAACAGUGAUUCGCUCAAGCUGCUAAAAAUGAACAGCUGUCCUCACGUGUCCCCAGAAGGUAUCCUUUGUGUGGCUGAUCAAUGUCAUGGCUUACGUGAACUGGCCCUGAAUUACCACUUGUUAAGUGAUGAAUUGCUGCUGGCUUUAUCUUCUGAAAAACACGUUCGAAUAGAACAUUUGCGCAUUGAUGUAGUCAGCGAGAAUCCUGGACAGACACACUUCCAUACUAUUCAGAAGAACAGCUGGGAUGCUUUCGUCAGACAUUCACCAAAAGUGAACUUAGUGAUGUAUUUUUUUUUAUAUGAAGAGGAAUUUGAUCCAUUCUUUCGGUAUGAAAUACCUGCCACCCAUCUUUAUUUUGGGAGAUCAGUAAGCAAAGAUGUGCUUGGCCGUGUGGGAAUGACAUGCCCUAGACUAGUUGAACUAGUAGUGUGUGCUAAUGGAUUACGGCCUCUUGAUGAAGAGUUAAUUCGAAUUGCAGAACGAUGCAAAAAUUUGUCAGCUAUUGGACUAGGGGAAUGCGAAGUCUCAUGUAGUGCCUUUGUUGAGUUUGUGAAGAUGUGUGGCGGUCGCCUGUCUCAAUUAUCCAUUAUGGAAGAAGUAUUAAUUCCUGACCAAACGUAUAGCUUGGAGCAGAUUCAUUGGGAAGUGUCCAAGCACCUUGGUAGGGUGUGGUUUCCAGACAUGAUGCCCACGUGGUAAAGACUAAGUGAUGUAGGGAAUGAUGAAUAGCACCUUAAUUUUAAGCAUAUUGUAUUAUAACAAAAGUUUAUUUCCUGUAGCUCUGAUAUAAUUCUAUUUUGUGGAACAGAAAUUUAAUAUCUGUAUUGAGUAUAUAAGGACUGUUUAUUGGAAGACCUAUGAAUCAUUUUUGGUUGGAAAACUUUGUUUCUUUAGUUAGAUUGCAGAUUCUUUUUAAUUUGGUUCAAAUCUGAAGCCUGUUAUAAAGAUUGAAUAUAUUACAAUCUGAAGGAACAAAACCUAUACACUGAGUAGCCAGAUUAUUAUGAUCUCUGAACGCAUAAUAAUCUGGCCACUCGGGGGGGGGGGGUGUAUACAUAUAUGUAUGUGUGUGCAUAUACAUGUAUGUAUGUGUGCAUGUAUAUACAUGUAUGUAUGUAUGUAUGUAUGUGUGUAUAUGUAUAUAUAAAAUUAGAUGCCCGGUGCAUGAAUUCGUGCAUGGGUGGGGUCCGGCCAGCCUGGCCAGGGGGAGGGGACAUGGGCGGUUGGCCGGCCUGCCUGCUGGUCGAACUCCUGGUUGAGGGGACAAUUUGCAUAUUAGCCUUUUAUUAUAUAGGAUAUACACUGAGUGGUCAGAUUAUUAUGUGUUCAGAGAUCAUAAUAAUCUGGCCAUUCAGUGUAUAUUAUAAUAUCCAAGAAGUGAGUACUAAUAGGUUUUAGAAAAUAUUGUGUGUUCUAUGCAUUUUUUUUUUUAAUGUAAACUUGACAUAUUAGGGUCUUCAGUUAUACAUAUACCUGUUAUAAGGUGUUUAAUAUAGCUCAGGAAAGUAAGCAUUUUGUGAGAAAAAAAAAUGUAGGUUAUUUCGUAUCUAAUGAAAAAGAUUGGUUGAAUGUUCUCAAAUGUUACAUUUAAUGAGGUAUAAAUAUAAUUGUCAUUCUUAGACAUCCGAUAUAUGUCAUGCAGUAGUUAUAUCAGAAGGAUAAUAAACAGCCAAGAUAAAAUUAAAAGAAAAUAAACACCAGAAGGGAGGCAUUGUCUAGUUUAGUAUAAACUUUUAGGUUUGCUUUGUAAUCUGCUAAACCAUUAUAAUUCUUUUCUGCAAUACAUUAUUCUAUGUGGCACUUGAGGCAUUGUAUGUAAAGAAAGGAAUGUUUUACCAAUUCUUCUUGGUUUUGUUUGUUUAAACUAGUUUUGAAGUAUUGCACAAUAAUUGAAAAGUUUAUUUUUAAGAAGCUAAAUUCAAAUAAAGGUAGAACUUUAAAAUAUUUAAAAAUUAUUUCCAUGAAGGAAUAUAUUUUUUAAGACUCCAGUGAAUUUUAUUUUUCCAUUUUGGAAUUAUAUAUAUAGUUAUGUAAGAAGGACUUUCAAAAAUAAUAAAAGAAGCAUCAGUGUACAGUUCAGCCUAAACUGUAAAUUUAAAAGGAUAUAUUUAAGUUCCUAAUCAUAUUUUUAAGUAAAUAUUGCUCAGUAGACUGUAAAAUGUUAAUAGAACAAUGUCUAUAGUUUUGUGAUUGUUAAUUUAGUUGAACUUAUAAAUUAUUUAAGUUAGAAUUUUUAAUACUUUUCUUAUGAAUGAAGGUAAUCCACAGAUUGUAGAAUUUGUAAAAAUAGUAAGUUUUGGGCUAAGUUUUUUUAGAUAUUAUAUAAACUUUGAUUCUGAGCACUAGUGCUAGUAGAUAUUACCCUCCUAAGGGAAAUUAGAAGUGAUUUCCUCCCUGUGGAAUAUAUUAAUGCUUCAAACUUCUAGAAAGCAUUUUGGUAAUUAUGGAAAUUAAUAGUCUUACAGAUCUAAUCUAUUUUUAAAUCGAAUACCUUCCUAAGAAUAAAGUAAAAGGUGUUAUCCUGUGUAAUUUUUGCUUUUUAAAAGUAAUGGUAUUCUGGCCACAUAUAAAUGAGAAGGAAAAAGAAAGGAUGAUCUAGACUUGGAAAUUAAAAGUAAUUAUUAUACUAUUUCCCCCUUACUAAAUAGUAAAAAGCUUUGUACAGAAAUACCUGUGUUAGUGAAUGAAGCUUUUUUCCUUGUACAACUUUAUGGAUUUGACAGUACAUAAUCAGUUAUACCAAAUAACCAAGCUUUAUAUGGAAAUUUACUUUUUGUACAAAUGGAAUUAUAUAAUGCUUGAAAUAUUUUAAGUCACUUUAUAAGCAAAAUGUAUAUCACUUAAUUUGUUUAUACUGUAAACUAUGUGUUAAAUGCUUUUGUCAAUUUAAGAAUAAAGAUAGUUACUAAU